AUUGCAUCAGCCGCUUUUUGAGGAGAAGCCAUUAAUCAACGCUUUUUCAACUGACUCCAGGUACAUUGUGCCAGAGCGUGCCCCUUCCUCGUUCCCUGGACUUUAUUGGAACGUACAUGGUAAAGUCGCGCAUCGACUUCGUUGUCCUUGCAUGACCCGCCUCUUCUCGAGUCCGCAAUAAUAAUAAUGACAACCCACUCCUCUCUUGGAAAGUUGGGUCAGUCCGUCGCUGGCUCAUCAAGUUCAUCGGCUUCUCCACUCCUGAAGCUGGGCCAGAUCCUCAUCGGCGCUAUCAGCACGUACACCAUCACAAGGCAGCUUGGAGAUUCGGUUUGGCUUGGACGAUGCAAAAUUGGGCAGACUGUCGUGAUCAAAUCCGCACGCAACGAUCUCCGCAUCACCAAUGAGAGAGAUGUUCUCAAGAAGUUCCAAUCUCGAACACAGUACCUACGUCCGUUGAUCGAUGAAAUAGUGGAGCCUACCGACCCGCCAGCUAUUGUCUUGAGGCAUCUAGAAGAUGACCUACUCGCCAGUUCCAACAAGAAGAAGCUAACUACGAAAGAGAUCAAAUAUGUAUCGAAAAGGGUCCUUACAGCGUUGAAGCUGCUGCAUGAAGAUGGAUUUGUGCACACAGAUGUCAAAAUGGACAAUGUCCUAGUUAACUUUGCCCCCUCUUCUCAGGGUGAGAGUGGGCUACGUUUUACUGACAUUCAGCUCGCUGACUUGGAGAGUACUGUCCACAUUACCUCUCGGUACUGCCAGGAAUGUGAUGGGAUUGGUACUCCAAUCUGGCGGAGCCCAGAGGCACAACUGGGACUGCAAUGGGGCCCACCAACUGACAUUUGGUCCUUUGGAACAAUGGUUAUAUCCAUGAUCUGGGGCGACAAUUUCUUCAUAUUCAAACCCAAAGUUCCUCGGGGUCACGAUGAAUAUGAACUCAAUAUCCUUGCAAAAUACCACAUCUUUUUCGGGCCAUACCCCUGUUCAUACUCUGACCUUGCUGAUCGGGAAACAUUGGCGAUUCUGAGAUAUAUUAUGGCUUCUGUGCCGUCAGACCAAUUGAAGCCUUUCCAGUAUGCUAGUCAAAAAGAGAUUUCGCCGGAGGACAGGGAGUUUAUUUUGAGGAUUAUGAAGAUGGACCCCAGGGAUAGGCCGACAGCAAAAGAGCUUCUUGAAGACGAGUGGUUUAAUGGAGUUGAAUAAGCAGGUGGAUAGAAUGAACGGUCCGAAGAGCCGACGCAGGACUUUGUUUCAUAGGGGUAAUGAAAGUAUGUAACCAGGGUUAGAACCCAACAACAAUCUCAAAAUAAGCAAGCUAAGCAUUGAAAAGGA